CGGCCAGGGACGGGAAGUGGGCGGGGCCGGCCAGAGCAGCGAGCUGGGCGCGGAGCCGCCGAGUGGCAGGGUGAAGACUAACUGGAACCCUGGCGGCAGGCCCCCCGGGAUGCUCUGGGCAUGGCCUCUGGAGCCCUACAGGAGAGCAGCCAGAUGGCAGAGGAGACACUGGGCUUCCUGGACAUGCUCCUCUGCGACUUUCCAGCCCCACUGAGCCCAGACAGCCCUCUGCCGUGGAAGGUGCCAGGGACAGUGCUGAGGCAGGAGGAGGUGGAAGGCGAGCUGGCCGAGCUGGCGAUGGGUUUCCUGGGCAGCAGGAAUGCUCCGCCACCACUUGCUUCGUGUCUGGCCCAUGAGGCAGUUUCCAAGCUGCUGCAGGCGGACCUUUCCGAAUUCAGGAAGAAGCCCAGGCAGGAGGAGGAUGACGACGCAGAAGAGGAGAAGGCCCCUGUGACCUUGCUGGAUGCUGAGGGCCUGGUGAGGACUUUCUUUAACCAGCUCUGGGAAGUAUGCAGCCGGUGGCAGAAGCAGGUGCCCUCGACUGCCCAGGCUCCGCAGAGGCAGUGGCUGGUCUCCAUCCACGCCAUCCGGAACACUCGCCGCAAGAUGGAGGACCGGCACGUGUGCCUUUCGGCCUUCAACCAGCUCUUCGGCCUGUCCGACCCCGUGGACCGCGCCUACUUUGCCGUGUUUGACGGUCACGGCGGGGUGGACGCUGCGAGGUACGCUGCUGCACACGUGCAUGCCCAUGCUGCCCGCCGGCCGGAGCUACCUACAGACCCUGCAGGGGCCCUCAGGGAAGCCUUCCGGCGCACCGACGAGAUGUUUCUGUGGAAAGCCAAGCGAGAGCGGCUGCAGAGCGGCACCACCGGCGUGUGCGCGCUCAUCGCGGGAAAGACCCUGCACGUCGCCUGGCUCGGAGACUCUCAGGUCAUCCUGGUGCAGCAGGGACAGGUGGUGAAGCUGAUGGAGCCGCACAGACCCGAGCGACAGGACGAGCGGGAGCGCAUCGAGGCGCUGGGUGGCUUCGUGUCUCACAUGGACUGCUGGAGAGUCAACGGGACCCUGGCUGUCUCCAGAGCCAUCGGGGAUGUCUUCCAGAAGCCCUACGUGUCUGGGGAGGCGGAUGCAGCCUCCCAGGAGCUGACGGGCUCCGAGGACUACCUGCUGCUCGCCUGCGACGGCUUUUUCGACGUUGUCCCCCACCAUGAGGUUGCUGGCCUCGUGCAGAGCCACCUGGUCAGGCAGCAGGGCAGUGGGCUACACGUCGCCGAGGAGCUGGUGGCUGCAGCCCGGGAGCGGGGCUCCCACGACAACAUCACAGUCAUGGUGGUCUUCCUCAGGGACCCCCGAGCCCUGCUGGAGGGCGGGGCCCAGGGGGCAGGGGACUUGCCCUCUGGCCUCUCAGAGCCAGAGACCAACACACCACCGAGAAGCUAGGAGGUCCCAGCCCCUGGCCCCACCCUGUGACCCUCCGUCAGAUGCCUUAGGACCUGAUGGCUAGCAGUGCAGGUGGCACCGCCCGCGCAGUGCUUUGCCCAGCCCCCGAGCCCCUCGUGUUGCUUGCAUUGGCCCAUCCCGGGGGAUGGGAUCUGCACUGGGUGGUGAGUGUCGCGCCCUGCUGGUGGUAGGCAGUGGGACGGCAGGAUCUCCAAGGGAGCCUAGGAAGAGACCUCACCACGGAGCCAAGGCCAGGAGGUGGGCCGGCCCUUGCUCCCGGUCAGGCAGGGGCUGGACCAGAGGCCACAGGCGCCAGGCGAGCACUCAGGGCAGCAGGACACAGCAUGGGGGGCCAUCGGGCAGACCUGGGAGCCACGGACAUUUUCAAGAGCGUCCUGGGUGCCCGGCACAGGUUUCUCACUGGCUCCACGCUGCCCACAGCCGCGAGGGCUCAGAUCCGCAGAUGCGCCUGGCGGGUCCCUGCUGGCCGAGCCGGCUUCCCCACCAGGAAAAAAGGGAGCACCAGGCAUCUGGUCUGCUGCAUCGCCCACCACUGGUGACACGCCUGCCCUGGCCUCCCUGGUCCCCCAUCCCUGGAGCGCCCGGGGAGGGGGGUCUCAGAAUGACCAUGCGCGCCUUUCAUUUGCGGUCUUUUGUCAGGGAGCAGUCAGAUUCAGAAGCAGUAUUUCAGGGCUGUCUUUUUCGUCAGUGCCAAGGUACCUGAUGUGUCAUGUAACUUAGACAGGGCUUAGUGUUUGGUUUAUCCCUUAGGAAACUAAGUAUUGAUUUUUUUUUUUUUUAGGGGAAACGUCUUUUGCAGUAUUACUGAAUUUUUUUUCCCCUAAAUCAGGACUGAGACAAAAUUUUUCCAGGUGGUGUUAAUAAGCCAUUCAGUGCCUUAAACAGCCUAAGGUGAGGCUGGAAGUGCCGGGCCUCUGACGGAUUCCGCCAAGCAUGUUGCAGUUCUUACAAAGGAUUUAUUUUGUCAGAGUGGCAUGAUUCGGGCUAGAGUUCUUCCUGGAAGAGUUCUGUCUUUGUGACGUGCCACUGACUCCCGUGUGGAGUUGAAAGGGGCAGGGCUGGGCGAGGGCUCCCCGCAGAGGCCAGGGCCACUGGAGAGAGGAGCCUGGGGGCCCGACUCGCGGUGGUGGGCAGGGCUGUGCAGGCAGAGACCAGCACAUCUGGGAAGGGCAGUGGGUGGCUUUGGCUUAGCUGAGGCUUCAGGAGAAUGUCACGGGGUGGGGGGGGGCAGGGGGAAGUGGGAGGAAGCUUGGCGUCAGGUCGCCAAGGCCAUGAGGUCCUGUGGUUCAGAGUCCCCCCACUGUAGUGGGGCCCCAGGGAGCAAUCCCAGCUGCACUGAGGGGAACCUCGGCCCUUCUCACCCAGGGAAGGGGUGGAUGGUGAGAGCCGCCCCUGCUGAGGCCAGUCCACCAUCCAGCAAGAAAGGAGGAGCUUGCAGCCUCAGGGCUCACCCCCACUCCCACGGCAGGGAAGCAGCAGCUGAGACGGACGGUCAGUGCCUUGCUCCAGGGCUCGUGACAGAAAGCAUCUCAGACAUGGUCACUGCAACUCAGAGAGGGUUUGGUGGCCAACAUGACCAGGUAUUGCUCCAUUUAACUUGAAGGCCCCUCUGCCUUCUGGGGGCCCGAAGCCUCCUCGUGAGCCCCUCCCAGCACCAGGCUGGCACGAGGGGGGAUGUGGCCCCACCCUUCACUACCAGCCCAGCCACCCAUGGGCAUGACCUUAAUGGAAGGAGGGGUCAAUGGUUUCUUUGCGAGUCUCACUCGGUUGACAGCUACCAAGAGUGGAGCUUCACCCCAUGGAGUCUGGGUCAUGUUCAUGCUCCGGCCCAAGGCCCAAAGCACAGGAGAUCUCUCCAUGCUUGUCCCAGUGUCUCCCCCACCCUGAGCCAGGCUGAGUCAAAGGCUCCCGCCCCCCACCCACCAGGCUGCCUGGCAGAGGCCUUGGCUGUCUGGUGCAGCCUGGGAGCUGCUGGUCCUUGCCUUGAGACCAAGGGAGUCCCCGCUCUCCCGCUGCCCCGGGCCUGACCUGGUGCGUGCACCCAGGCACGGAGGAGGUCUCUUCCAUCUUGACAGAGCCCCUGGGCACCUUCACCCUCUGCGAGUCCUGGCCCACUUCCUCUCCAGGCCACAGGCACUGCUCUGUAAGCCUUGAUCCCUUUCUCAAGUCCUAGCUUUGCCACUAGCUCAUUUUUGGGGCUGAGCAAGCCGUUGCCCCUCCCUGGGCCUCAGUUUCCCCUUUUAGGGCACAGGGUUGCACUGAGUCUGUGCAGCAGCUCCUGGAACUUGGGAGGUGCAGGGGCUGCUUGCGGUGAGCCUGGUGCAGCAGGGGAGCUACUGCCGGUGCUGAGGCCCCGCCCACCGCCAGCAGGGAGGGGUGAUUAAGUACUAUUGGUGUCUAUUCUUAAAUUUAAGUGGGUUGGAAAAGAAUCGCUGCAGAUGCCAGCACCUCACGUGGGUGCAAAAGCUGGAGAGCCGGCCCUGCCUUCACAGGUAGGGCUGAUGCUGAGCAGCGGGGGUGGCAGAAGCGUAGGCUCCCUCCUCAGGCGUGGGGGGCCUGGGAGGGGCAGGGCGCCGCCGGGCCCCCAGGGGCUUCUAGUCAAGCUCCCAACCUGCUGACACCCUGGAGGCAAACGCGUGGCCUCCCUGACCCAGACUGUCCUUGGAGUCCAGGACUAGGAAAUGGAUGUGUUAUGGGGGGAGAGUGACAGGCGGGCCCCACGGGAGAAGCACAGGCUCUCUGAGGUCCGCGGUCAUUUCUGACGACCCCUGCCCUUGGCCGCAGUCCUGCCUCCCCGCCCUCCCUGGGCCGGCACGCGGCCCCCGGCCUCGCCCCUUCCCCUGCGUCCCGGCUACCUCAGCAGUAUUCCCAGGGCUGGGGGGCAGCUCUGGCUGUUCCUGGACCUGGCCCCCACCCGAGCUAAACGGAAACCGGGUGGGCCUGUGCAAAAUAAGCUGUUUUGGUUUGAUUUUGGCUGUAGCCCAAGGGGGCAGCCCCAGGAGGCCUGCGCUUUAGCUUUGCCAAACGUGCCACGCCGGCCUCGCCAAGGGUUUAUCCGCACAUCUCAGUGGGUUCCUGGGAGUGGUGCAAGGGGGGUCUUGUUCUGAGACAGGAUGGCGGUCCCCCUGUCCACAGGGACAAGUCCUAGCGUGAGGGGGCCAGAAGGGCAGUCUCCUCCCAGGGCCACUGUGCUCAAGUGUCAAUAAACCACAAGUUGUGAAACCCUGU